CCGUCGCUCCCGCGGCGCGAGGCGCUCUCGCUCUCCUCCUCCUCCGCCGUCGCCCCUCCCCCCGCGCAGCCCCCGCCGCCACCGCCGCGAGACCCCCGCACGCCGCUCUCCCCCCACCCUCUCCAGCCCCGCGCGCCCUCCGGCCCUUGCGGCCCCCGAAGAGAACGAGAGGGCGAGCGAGCGCGGCGUUCCUGGGCUGGCCCGGCCCCCUCUCUUCACCAUCGCCGGCCCUCCACCGCCUUCCUCCGCUUCCACCUCCUCUCCCCCCCCCCAAGUUGAGGCCCCCUCCGGGGGGGGGAGGCCCGGGACCGGGACCCGGAGCGAAUUCCUCUAACUCCCUCGACCUCUCCUCUCGCCCGGCCCGAGUGUGAGGAGAAGGGCCCGGCCCGGCCUGCGUCGUGUGUGAGGAGGACCCCGGGCGGGCCCACGGGCCGUGUGGGGCCUGGUCCGGCCCGCCGGGUGUGUGAAGACCGGGGUCCGGUGCGGCCCGGCCGGAGGGCGAGCGGAGGGGAGGGGCCUGGUCCGGCCCGGCCGGUGCGUGAGGACUGGGGCCCGGGCCCGGCGCCGCCGCCGCCGCCGCGAUGGCCCAGCAGCAGAUGACCAGCUCACAGAAGGCCCUGAUGCUCGAGCUGAAAUCCCUGCAGGAGGAACCAGUGGAGGGCUUCCGGAUCACCCUGGUGGACGAGUCCGACCUCUACAACUGGGAGGUGGCCAUCUUCGGGCCCCCCAACACCCUCUACGAAGGCGGCUACUUCAAGGCGCAUAUUAAAUUUCCUAUUGACUACCCCUAUUCACCACCUACCUUCAGAUUCUUGACCAAAAUGUGGCACCCCAACAUUUAUGAGAAUGGAGAUGUAUGCAUUUCAAUUCUUCAUCCGCCUGUAGAUGACCCACAGAGUGGAGAACUGCCUUCUGAAAGGUGGAAUCCAACUCAGAAUGUGAGGAAACAAGUUUCAGCCACUAAGGCCGAAGCAGAAAAGGAUGGAGUGAAGGUCCCCACAACCCUGGCGGAAUACUGCAUCAAAACUAAAGUGCCUUCCAAUGACAACAGCUCAGAUUUGCUUUACGACGACUUGUAUGAUGACGACAUUGAUGAUGAAGAUGAGGAGGAGGAAGAUGCCGACUGUUAUGAUGAUGAUGAUUCUGGGAAUGAGGAGUCGUGACGUGCUCCUUCAGUGCCCCUGUACUGCCCUGCCGUCUCAGGCCAAAGGGAGGGGAGCAAGUGGGGACCUGGCCAUGGCCCCUCAGCAAAAACCUAUUCACAGCAGGUGGGGAAACACACACAGCUCCUGCUGACUCCCCUUAUGGAUCUGUUUGCUCCUUUUUAUGGACCUUUAAUGGAGAGAGAGUAACCCUCCACAGAAUGUCUGAAUUCUUGCAUUCUUUACCCUUCCAUCACUGUAUUGAUUCUUUUUUUAAAAAACAUCAACCCAAACUCCCGCCUCACUUCGUCUCUACAGAAUGUUCACAGCAAAACACGUUUGGUCUGUUUUUAGAUUCUUGAAGAAUUCAAUAGUCUUUCAAGAUGUUUAAUGUGUUUAAAGCUGGGAACCUGUUGGGAGUUCACAAGUGCUCCAUAUACUGGGUAGCAAAAGAAAAUGGGAAAAAACCCACAAAACAAACUUUAAAAAAAAAAAAAAGCAAAUUUGCCAAGGUUUAGCUGCUCAUUUACAUUAGUGUGUGUGCGUUCAUUCAGCCCCAUGGUGGUGAAUUCUGUUUCUUUCCCUUCCUAAGGCUGGGACAUGGUGGGCGUCAGGGACUUUGUGCUAAGCCUGAUGAAAUGUGCUCCUUCAAUCUCCAUGAAACCAUCAUAACAUGGAGGCCUCAACUGCUCUGAGGAGAGAAAUCAGACUUUGUUUUUUGAAAUCGAUUGGGAUCGAAAGCCUGAAAUAAAUAUUCAUACUUUACAUAGAACUGAGCACUUGGUUGCUAUUUAUUUUAAAGGCAGGGUUAUUUUUCCCCCCAGGGAGUGGGGCAAGUCGGGAAUUUGGGAUGAGUAUGUGUGGGUGCAAAGAGUUAAAAAUCACUAUGCUAAGUUUGGUUGAUGCUACUGGGAGGAAAAAGUUGAAACUACUGGUGACCACUGUUGGGAGAGGAAACAUCUGUUUUAUAGAUUUAGCAUGGCCUUCCCAUCAAAAAUACACUCUUACCAUGACGUUUUGUUUUUAAGUAGCCACUUUUAAUUACUCAGCAUUAAUCCUAGAUGCAUGUGUUAAGAUUUCGGUUUUCAUCGAGCUGCUUAUACUGAUAGUGAAAAACUUGAAUGUGUGUGAAACGCUUUCUUCAUUGGAUGUGAUCUGGACUUUUUUCUCCUUUCAACAUACUUAGGCUGUGGAGCGCAAGCAGAAUUGUGCAUAGAAAUUGUGGCAAGGCUGAGGGAGUUGACUGCAGGCAGUUUUUAGGCCAGAUAAGGCUAGAUCUUCCUGCGAUGCACUCGCUGCAGCUUUUGAUUUUCCAGAUCUCAAUCGUGUUGCUUCAAUCAAUAAUUGAGAUCCAGCAUCCUUCACCAUCCAGGGGACUUCAGAACUUGAAGGUAAUUUUUGGUUGUUACGGGGGUGCACCAGAUCAUAGGAGGGCAUUAUUUGGAGGAAACCGCUAUAACGUAAAAUCAGAUUUCAGAAGGAAAAUGCAGCAAGGACUAACUGUAGUCCUAUUUCAGGCCCCUGGGCACUAGUGUCAACUCCUUUGGCUCAUAACUCAGAACCAAAGGGCAGAUUAGGGACGGGCAGGAGGGAUCCUAGGAUGGCCAGAGUAGGUGACACUUCCUUAGCUCCUCCUUCCAUUCUGAUCUCAGGGUUUUCACUCUUCAAACUCCCAAACACAUGACUUCUUCCCAGCAGCCCUUCCUGGCCUCUAAAGUUUGGUCUGGUAUGAGAUGGGACUGUUUAACAAGCGAGGCUCUUAGGGGACACUGUUGAGCCUGGUUCCAGAAUCUCUGUGAUCUCCACAGGGCCAGGGUUGCUACUUGGCCCAGAAUCUAGUGAUUUUAGUGAGAUUUGUGGAACAGAGCAGCUUUGUAAUACAUUGUCAAGUUACCUGAUUACAAACUCAUAGGAAGAUGUUGGAACUACCUUUUUACUCCCCAUACUUUGUAAGUAAUGCUUCCAGAUUAACCUGCAAAUCUUGUGGAGCCAAAGCCUCUCACAGUGCUCUGAUUUACCUCCCCAAAAAUGCCCCCAAACCCCCAUGCAAGUUUACAGCCAGUAGCUUGGUCUUACUCUCUUGGAGCCCUAAAAUUAAGCCUUUCAUUCCCCUUACUGCUAAAGCAUCUCACUCCCAGGGCAGCCCCAGCACCCUGGCAUUGCGUGAGGUGCUCUGCUGCACAGCUCUGUUCCAUCAGGCCCUAUUGGCCUCUGUUACACAUUGACUCAGGAAGCCAGAGCGCCAAGUGGAGGUUGUACCUUUCAGCCCUUUGGGGUGUUAAAUGUCAAGGGCUGGGUUUGCCUCUGAUGAGUACAAUCAAUCAGUUCCAGAAGACUGGGUAAGUCUCUUGCUAGCAGGUGGACAUUCUGGUAUUUUAGACUGACUUAACGAAACCCAGAGGCUGGUUCCAGAGCUGUGUCCCUGAGAACACAUCUCUGUGGAAAAUACUUGAGUUUGUAAUUUUUUUUCCCUUUCUGGGAGUGGAGGUCUCAGGCUCAAUCCGGAACCAUGUACGUACAGUUUUGCUUAUUAUUUGGUGUGACAUGAACUCAAAAUCCUGCAUUUUUAGAUUCCUUUUAAUUCUAAUUGAGGCCUCACUAGAUGCUCUUCAGUUCUGUGUAUUUUGAGGCUGGGUGGAUAAAGUAUAUGAUUCCGCUGUUGCUUCUUUCAGUCUUCCCCCCUUCUCCUUUUAUCAUUCCAGAGUUAGUCAUUUUCUAUUAGUCAAACUUUUUUGUAGAACCUUCUUUCCUUUACCCUGGCAAAUUGCUUCUUUACUUGCUGGUUUCCUUACGUUUGGGGCACAUAUUGUAAGAAACUGAUUGGAAGGGGAAAUGUGCAGCUCUCCACUGAAAAGAAACUCUCCACCCCUCCCAUCCUGAUAAACAAGGUUUACAUUUACAAUUAAAAGGAUUCAGAGAUGCAAUUUUCAACUAUUCUGAAACCAGCAGGACACACCUGACUUUAAUAGUUUUAGCUGAAAUUGUAGAUGUUUUUCUUCAGUUUAACUUAUGAGAAAAGAUUAUCUGAUGCAUUUUGUGUUGACUUCCCCUUUAGUGGUUUAUUUUGUCUUUUUCUGCCCAUCUGUCUACUAAUAAAAUGUGAAAUAAAAUAUCUGUAUUGCUACUUCCCCAUGAAA